AUGCGUCACGCUUGCAAACGGUUGAUUAUACAUAAAAACACGAAAUUCAGUAAUAAAGCUGCUGACGUCACGGAGGCGGGCUGCGCUCUAGGGGCCGCGCUCGCGCUUCCGGAAGGCGCGCGAGAACUCGGCUUCCCGGCGUUCCCCGCGACGGGAGCGCUCGCCUACGGGGGCCGGGGAGGGCGCAGGCGACCGGGAGGAUCUGUCCCGCGUACCGGGAACCGAAUGGGAGCGCCGCUGCUGCUGGGGACGCUCCUGGCGCGGGCGCGUCCCUGCUUGGGACCAGCCCCAUCGUGGUCAGGGGGAGCGGCGGGCGGCGGCGCCCGGGGCUGCAGUUCGGCGCCCACCCGGGACAGCCUCGAGGGCCCGGCGCGCCGGCGGUCCUACUGGCGCUAUGUGCGGCGUCUGGUGCUGGGCGCGCCCCAGCCGCCCUACCCGCGCGUGUGUCAGGUCGGCGACCCGGCGCUGCGGGCCGUGGCUGGCCCGGUGGAGCCGGCGCAGCUGGCGGGGCCCGAACUGCAGCGGCUGGUGCAGAGGCUGGUGCAGGUGAUGCGGAGCCGGCGCUGCGUGGGCCUGAGCGCUCCGCAGCUCGGAGUGCCGCUGCAGGUGCUGGCUUUGGAGUUCCCCGAGGCGCUCUUCCGCGCCUGCCCGCCGCGCCUGCGCGAGGCCCGCCAGAUGGAGCCCUUCCCCCUGCGCGUGUUUGUGAACCCCAGUCUGCGGGUGCUAGACAGCCGCCUGGUCACCUUCCCUGAGGGCUGCGAGAGCGUCGCAGGCUUCCUGGCCUGCGUACCCCGCUUCCAGGCCGUGCAGAUCUCAGGGCUGGACCCCAAAGGGGAGCAGGUUGUGUGGCAGGCGAGCGGAUGGGCAGCCCGAAUCAUCCAGCACGAGAUGGACCACUUGCAGGGCUGCCUGUUCAUUGACAAAAUGGACAGCAAGACAUUUACAAACAUCUACUGGAUGGAGGUGAAUGAUUAAUUUUUUUCUGCUGCAUCUGAGGAUUCUGGAAACCAAAACACGGACACUUGGGAUUUGAGCUGGGUUUGACUUGCCUGGUAUCAACGUGAUACUGGUUUGGUCUGACAGAAAACAGUGAAUUGCCAAACCAGGUCAGAGGAGUAUAUCAAAAAUGUUUGCCCUGAAAUCAGCCAUGGACAAAAUAUUACCUUCAACUUGAGAAGAAAAUGAACUCCCCCAAAAGAGUGAACAUUUCCUGAUGAUUUUGUUGGUGGUAAUUGGGGAAAAUAAAUAACCACUCUUAGUAGACAUUAUUUCAUAGACCUGUAUAAUGUACCCUGAGCCAAGAUUUGAUAAUGACAUAAUCCCUAAUAUCUGAAAGCUUUGUUUAAAAAUGCAGGUUAAGACUGUGGUUGAUCAUCUUCACUGAGUUCUUAUGUUUACAAAGGGCUUGUAUGUGUCUUACCUGCAGAGUCAGUCCUUUGCCUUGAACAGCAGUUUGCUUGUGUAAGUAAAACAGAACAGAAUGGUCACAGUUCA